CAUCGCCCCUGAACGGCAGCAGACCUCAGGGGAUCAGAUCGGCUUCAAACCGCCACACUUCACAUCUCAGAAACUGACCCGAGGACGUCUGCAGAGACACAAACCCAGGAGAAACCUCACCUCAGCUUCAAAUCCCAGCCAACGGUCACCUGUGUUGCCACACCUACAGGUGUUCCAGAAUGGCGGUGGGCCUGCAGAUUGUGGGUCUGCUUCUGGGCGUGGUGUCCUGGUGUCUGCAGUCCAGCUGUACCUCCAAUCAGGUGUGGAAGAUGAGGAGUCAAAUGGAGUCAGUCACCACUAGUCAGUGGCAGUUUGAGGGCCUGUGGAUGAGCUGUGCUGCCAACUCAGUGGGGUCAGUCCAGUGCAGCAGGUUCAAGACGGUGCUGGGACUGUCGGCUCACCUGCAGGCCUGCAGGGCUCUGAUGAUCCUGUCCCUGCUGUUCGGUCUGGCCUCCAUCACCGUCUCCGUGCUGGGACUCAAAUGCACCAAGCUCGGCAGAACGCCGGAGCAGGUCAAAGACAAGAUCGUCCUGAGCGGGGGGAUCCUCUUCAUCCUGUCCGGUCUCUUCACGCUGACCGCCGUGUCCUGGUACGCUGCCAGAGUCAUCAAUGACUUCUAUGACCCUCUCUAUGGAGGAGUCCGGUUCGAGCUGGGUACUGGUCUGUAUCUGGGCUGGGCAGCCUCUGGUCUGGCCAUACUGGGAGGAUCUAUGCUCUGCUGCUCCAGCAGGAGGCCUCCCUCCACCCCACCUGCUCGGCAGUUUUCUUACUACUCCACGACCGGCCAGGGUCAGAGCAUCUACAGAGCAGCUCCGGCCUCAGACACCGUCAGCUCCAAAGCUUACGUCUAAACCCGACUGACCGCUGCUAUCCUUAUUUAACCCUCUGAAAUAUGGAAUCACCUCAGAAUCAUGCUGUAAAUAACAUUUCUCCUGAAGCUGUGUGGGCCUGCAGUACCAAGUGUGUCCAGCAGAGACACCACAAGGAAUCACUCUCACAACUUAAACUUGCAACAGAUCAAUUUAUGCAACUGAUUUAUUUAUUAAGUUUACUGUUUUUAAUUAAAACACUUUUAGUUUCAUAAUUUACAUUUUACUAAUUUUACCAAUAUGUUUGUUUGGACAUUACAGAGAGAAAAGCAAGGAUGUGAAAAUCUAUGUCAGCAUGAA